AUGGACCACGAGCGCUUGUAUUUCCGUGGUAAGCGCCGUCCCUCGGUUGUUGCCGAAGCCCCUAUCUCCGACCAAGCACCUUUCUUCGCAUCCAAGCGUCUCGGCCUCAUCGACAACGCUCCAACCUCACGAGCCAAACUCAAGGUCCCAUCCAACCUGUCAUUGUCUGUCAUCGUGUGCACUAGUCGGGAUAAUAUAGGGAACACACCGAUCUACGAGCCCAAUGACGACUCCGCGCACUGGCGCACUACAGCGCUGUCCACCGCAUCACUGUGGGUGAUGUUCUCGUACUGUCAUCUUGCCUGCUGUCGCUGCUACAGGUGGGGCUCCGAGGUUCUCGCUCGCUCUGGUAUGACCGCCCCUUUAUACGUCCACGCGGACCCUACCCAAGUCAGAGUUGAAACAGCAGCGUACAGCGCCAUGGUCAAGAACAUGGGCCGCACGCGUGCGCUUCAUCUCCAAGGAGGCUCCAAUAGCUAUCUCGAGGGGCUGAUGGCCUCCGCAGCAUCGGCACCUGCGUUGGAGAAAGUCUGCAUCGGACACCACACCACCGAGAUAUCCACGUUUCCCUUUCAUCGACAAUGCCCUCGACUCAACGAACUUCGCCUGCGUGCGCGCGUUGAAAACUUUGACUGGGGCAGUCUAUAUCACUUUUCGCAGCUGCGCACGUUAGAGAUCCACGACACCAUCGACGACUUUGCCCACGGUUUUCCCGGUGUCGUCCGCGCGAUUGACGGAAUGCGUGCGCUCGAAAACCUGGACCUUCAGCUUGAGGUACCGGGAUUCGAUCCGCGGUGCGAGCGAAACUUCUGUGCGAGCCUCCCCAGCCUCAAGCGCUUCUUCCUGUCAGCCAACGCUGACGUGUGUCUGGGCCUUCUUUCCUGUCUUCGCUUCGACCGCACCCGGGUAAAUCUGUCUCUCAAUGUUUUAGAUGACGAAGAAGACCUCACGACGGACGUCCUUCGCAGGCUUGUUGCCCUAUGCCAAGCCGAAGACGACCCGGAUGACACCCAGCCGCGCGCUUCCCCCCACGGCCCGUUUUUCAAUCUGGACGGGGGCGACUGCUCCUUCUCCAUCGAGUCAGACUACGACGCCGUCUGUCUGUGCUUCAAAUACAUCCCUGCUUCCGACAAUAGACCGUCACUGGAGCUCAACUGCUGGGCCCUAAUGGACCAAGCCGGCGCCCUCUUCGCCUCCUUCGCCGCCGUCCUCCCCGUCGCCUCAGCCACCUCCCUCGCCGUCGGCGGCUGCGCGCGCGCCGCGAACUGGCCCAAGACGCUGCACGACGUCUUUCGCCACCUCCCCGCGCUGCAGAAGUUCAAGCUGAUCAACACGAGCCGCGAGGGCAGCCGCGCCGUCUUCGCUUCUUUGUGGCCCCGCGAUGACGGGACGCUCCCCGCGCCGAUGCUGCGCAAGAUCGCGGUAGGCGGGUCGUGGAACGACCGGGAGUGUCCGAGUUUGGAGGCACUGAGGGACUGCAUUGUCGCACGGCGCGCGCAAGGGCAAGGAUCGUGUCAGAUUAGGAGGAUCGUAUGUGGCAGCAACUGCGAGCUUGUUGCGCACGAGGUGGGGUGUCUUAGGGACCUUGGGAUUCAUGUGUGUUGGAUGCCGCAUUUGUUCUUGUAGCCGUGCGUUUUACGUGAAUCUGGAAUUUGGAAUAUGUGGAGAGCU